GGGGGGGCAUAAAAAAGCAACAGCUGCUGGCAAAUCCGCUCGGGCGCUGGGCGCCUCCUCCGCGCGCGUCUCCUGUUGCUUCUUCAAGCCUCACUUCCCUCUGCGAAGAGCUCGCAGAGAGCAGGGCGAGGACGACAGCACAGGGGUCUGCGAGGGGAUCCAGAAGCCAGCGGACAAGAGCGACCCGGGAGCCCAGCCAGUCAGCCCCCUCUGGGAGGCGGGAAAGCUGCAAGCCGCGCCCACCGCCCUGCCCCCAGCGCGCCACUCCCGGCUGCUGGGACUCUGCUCGUCCUCCUGGGAUCCGCUCGGAGGGGACCCAACGCCUAGACACCAUGGAGACGGUGCUGAUCCUCUGCGGCUUGCUGGCCCCUGUGGUCCUGGCUAGUGCAGCUGAGAAGGAGAAAGAAAAGGAUCCUUUCUAUUAUGACUACCAGACCCUGAGGAUUGGGGGAUUGGUGUUUGCUGUGGUCCUCUUCACCGUUGGGAUACUUCUCAUCCUAAGUCGCAGGUGCAAGUGCAGUUUCAAUCAGAAACCCAGGGCUCCAGGUGAUGAAGAGGCCCAGGCGGAGAACCUCAUCACUACAAACGCUGCGGAGCCCCAGAAGGCAGAGAACUGAAGUGCAGCCUCCAUCGAGAAGCCUCCAGAAGCCAAGGCCAGCUACCCGACGCCUCAGAGGCUGAUGUUGAGGCUUGAGAAAACCGGCUACUUCAUACCAGACCUUUCCCUAGGAGAAGCCAAGAACUUGUGUUCCCUGUGCCUCUCCCUGCCCCCACUAACCCCAGUCCUGUAUUAAUGAUGCAACACUCACAGCCCUUCUCUUCUCACUGCAGCCGGGCUCUGGACCCAGUCUGUGCCGUGUCUGUGCGUGUCUGUGUGUGUCUGCUGACUGUGGUCGUUCGUGGAUUUCAUUUGUUUCUGUGAACCGUGUGCUUCCUCUCCCAAGCUGCUGUUGGCUCCUUGUGCCCCCUGCUGUGACCUCCAUCUCCUCUUGCUCUCUGGAGUCUGCUCUGUCCCUGAGGAGCCCUAGUCCCAGUCUCUGGGUUCAGGCUUUAGGGAGAGUUAGUUGUACCCAGGGUAGGAGUCCCCUGAGGUCCUGGGGCUGAGAAAGUUCGUACCAUCUUCAUUGCUGUUCUUUGUGGACUCUCAGAAGAAACUUGCUUCAGAUUCCACCAGUUUAGAAGGUCUGUUUGCAGCAGAGAUUCAGAUUGUCCUGUGGCAGGCUCUGCAUCUCCAGGGCUCCUUCUCCUUUUAGGGUGUCCACUGCAGAGUCCCAGUCUGCCCCAUCCUUUACGGAACACCCAGGAAUUCUUGCCUCUGGGGAACGAGCUCCUCACUUAAUCUUCUGAGCAAUAACCCUGCAGGCUCUGGAGCCCCUCUGCCUUCACCCACCUUCCCUGCUUCUGAGACUUCAAUCUCUAGCCCAAUUCACCUGACCAGAGGACUCCUUCCUUCUCUGAAGCUGGUCUCUGGCAGGAGAUAGCCAGAGUGUGAGGGUGGCUCUGUCUCUCUGCCUUGUGGUGUGGAUCUGGCAGACUUUGCGGUUUCUUAUCCCUGCCUGUAAGGGGUCAGAGUGGAAACGGGUGGAAGGGUGCAGGGGCAACAGGGCUGCCGGUCAGAGAGCAACAGGAGGGUAUGCACAGCCUGGAUGCAAAUGCCGGAAGUCAAAGGUCAUCAGAAUGGAAACUCACACCAGAGCCUGCCCCACCUGCCUGUUGUGUUCCCUUGGAAACUAACCAAGCCACACUGUGUACUGGGACUGCUGAUCUCUGUCUUGUGAUCUGUCCUCUGACAACAGAAAAAUAAAUAAAUAAAUAAAAGACAGCAUUGUUUCCUA